CGCGCGCAGCACUCCGCACUCGACGUGCCAAAGCCGGGCUUUGACUCGGACUGUUAGAAGCGCGCAAGUGGAAGCGUGACACUUUCCAAAAAAGGGGGACUCUGGUGAUUUAGAUUUUUAUUUUGAGCUUCUUCCAUUAUCUGAGAUUUCUCCACCUUUCCCUCCCACUGCUGAUUUUUGGGGGAGAUUUUACUGGACAUGGCUUUCCCUCAACUGGGGUACCCCCAGUUCCUCAACGCCGCCCAUGAAGUGUACGCGGGUGAACGACCGGCUUCUAGUCGGGAAGGAAGCAGCGAUAGCGGCGUGAGCUCAUCUGCAACAGCCGCUGCUGUCGGCUCCAUGCUGGGGAUGUACGGGAGUCCAUGGGCGGCCCCCAACUACAGUGCCUUUCUGCCAUAUAGCGGAGCACCAGACCUCGCCCUCAUCUCUCAAAUGGGCUCCCAGUACGAGUUAAAGGACAGCCCGGGUUCCCAUCCAGGCUCUCUACCUGUGCACGCCGCUCAAGGUUUCUACCCGUAUGGACAGUAUCCUUACGGAGACCCGUCGAGGGCCAAGACCGCCACACGAGAGACCACCAGCACCUUGAAGGCCUGGCUGCAGGAGCACCAGAAAAACCCUUACCCCACCAAAGGGGAGAAGAUCAUGCUUGCCAUCAUUACGAGGAUGACGCUCACACAGGUGUCCACGUGGUUUGCAAACGCACGCAGGCGUCUAAAAAAGGAGAACAAGGUGACGUGGGGCCGCAGCGCCGAAGACCGCGACGGACGCAUCUUCAGCAGCGACAACGAGGACGAGCAAGGCAAGAACGGCAGCGACGACGACGAAGACGAGGAGAUCGAUUUGGAAACGGUCGACAUUGAAAGACCGGAGGAACCGCGCGCCGCAGCGGAGCAGGGCUGCAGGAAGGGGGAGAAGGAAGCGGACGUGCCUGGCAGAGAGGCCGCGACGGAGCCUCGGAACUCGGAGAGCAACAGGACGCUUUCCGUGGACGCGGCUGUGGUCAAACUGGUGGAUCACUCCCCCAGCAGACAGGAGUGCCACAGACCACCGCAGAGCAAACCCAAAAUCUGGUCCCUGGCUGAGACCGCCACGGCACCGGACAACACGCACAAAGCCUCCCACGGGCACCACCCGGCUUUAGCGCAUGCCGGACACCCGGCGCUUCUCCCGGGCCAUGGGAUAUACACAUGCCAAAUCGGCAAACUCCACAACUGGGCCAACGCGGCUUUUAUCAACGCCAACUCGCUAUUAAACAUGAGGUCCCUGCUCGGAGGAGCGCAGGCCGGACAACUGCCUCUGCGCGGCCCUGCGCUCCCCGCGCGUCAUGACGCACGACCCGGACAUGGAACUUCGGGGACAGAAGAUGACAGUGACGGAGACUCGUCUGGAAGCUUUAGUCCAAAAAGAGAUGAUGAUGACAGCGACCACAGGUCGGAUUCCCUUAAGUCUCCAUUCCAGCUCAUCACUGACAGACCUCACCAUGGCAGAGGAGCACAGCGAGCUUUAACAUCAACAUUAUGAAAAUACUAACCAACGACAAAAAAAAAAAAGAAAUUAUUUAACUGAGAACUAUUUCACAAAGAUAUUUUUGACGGGACGACCUGUUAAGAGUGUUACCGUUUAGCCUAUACUUGUUAAAGAGAUGUUUUCAUGUCAACAAUUUGCUUGUACCUCUCAUUUCUGUAUGUUCUUUUACUCUCUUACUGUCUCUUUUGAAAAUUGUAAAUAUAGGAUAUGGAUGGUCUUUAAAGAAUCUAUU